AUGAUUGAUCUAGUGGUAAUAUCAAAAAACCAAACCGAGCUGCAAAACAUGAUGGACAGAAUCGUCGAAAUGGGUAGAAGAUAUGGGACGGAAAUCAGCAUCAGCAAAUUGGAAGUGAUGAGAGUAUCAAAACGAGAUGAUACUCUGAAGAUAACAAAUACCACAAAUAUACUCGUGAAGCCUGAACUAGCUUUCAAAUCGGAAACUAAUUCUAUGACCUUAACUAGACAGUUAUUUGCAGUUUCAAUUAGUGCUAUAUGUUAUCUGCGAAAGAUUUAUUCAAAGGAAUAUUUUCGCCCUCGUAAAAUUGGAAUCUUGUCGAUGCAUAUGUUGCAAAAUGUCAAAUCAGACCCCAAAAUAACGAGAUUUCUUAAGUGGGUUAAAGGAUGCUUUGAUGCAAUGAAAAAAGGAUAUUUGCGAGAUAUCAUUGUGGCUGUACAACCGCCCGGACAAGAAGACAUUGGAAAAGCGUUGGAAAGUUAUACGUUUAGAAUAAAAUAUAGUGACGCUUGCAAUUUUGAAAGUAAUACAACGUUCGCCAAUAGCCGGCUCAUAAAGAUCGACUCAUCCAAGAUAUCUCCAAAAACACUUGAAAGCAGUAUCUUUGAUUGUUUAUACAAUUGCUUAGAAAUUGUAAAAAAUAUGCCAGAAUUACCGAAGGGUUGCUCAUUAGCCAUGAUGUUAACAUACUAUGAUGGAACUCCUGCUGAGUAUCAACCGCCUGGUUUUAAGGCUUGUUCAUAUCAAGCAUUUGAGUAUCCACCAGAUCUUUAUAAUAUAGAAGUUGGUAAAUGCUUCACGCCAUACCACUCUAUUAGUAUGGGAGCGAUUGCUAAGUUUGUAGAUGUAGAUAUUCAUACCUCGGAUGCUGGUAAACAAACAAAUGAAAAUUGUGAAGUUGUGGAAAACUCCCAAACGGAAAAUAUAUGCAACACGUCGGAGGCCGCUAAUAUGAUAGUCAUUGGUGGAUCUAACAGUCCAGAAGUUAUGAUGCAGUUAAAUACAAUGACUGAAGAUAUGGGUAUUUAUCAUGAUACUUCUCUUGAUGCUGUG